AUGGAUUUAAAACCUUACCGGGAACUUCGACCAAGCGCACGUUACAGUCGGGAUGCCCUGCUCGCACUUCGCCACAAAUCACCAUCCUUGUUGCCCCUGCCGUUCCUGAGUGACAUCCCCGUUGAGCUGAGAAGGCCCACGCGUAGGAAACGAGGCAGGAGAGGUGGAAUACGGAACCGGCUCCGACGAAGAUACACCAAACCUCCACUUCCAGUAAUCAUUCUCAGCAACGUUCGGUCUUUGAACAACAAGAUUGACGACCUCCGAACCCAUGCAAGAUAUAACCUGGUGAUAUUCGGGGGCAUUGGCGGCUACUCAAGGAAGAUCAUGUAUCUCAAUGCUGCUUCUAACAACACAGCAAGUACUGGUCUUGAGUUUUUCCUGGAUGGAGUGAGGAGAUUUGGAUGGCCCUACAAGGUAAGAGGUGACCAGGGUGUUGAAAAUGUCAGUAUUGCCCAGAUGAGGUUUACGGUCAGAGGGACAGGACAUGGCAGCUUUAUAAGUGGAAAAAGUGUGCACAACCAGAGCCUGGAGGAAGAUGGAGCCCUUGACAUCUCGGAUCAUCUUCAUCUCUUCUGUGCUCAGGACACCUUCCUCCCCAGAUUCAAGGCUGAUUUGGCUAAGUUCUCCACUGCAUGGAAUAACCAUCCUCUCAGGACAGAGGGCUUCCUUUCCCCAAACCAGUUAUGGGAAUUGGGGAUGAUGCAGCACCCCAUCAGACAGCCAGAGAUGCAUGAGGAAAAUGAGGGAAUAAUAAUCGAGGAUAUUGAUUGGGAAAACAUAGGGCUUUGUCAUGACAGCUCUACCAACCCAGGUGUUACCGUGCCAGAAAUGGAAUGUCCAUUGACGACAGAGGAUCUUGCAAUGCUGUGCCUUUCCAUUGACCCCCUUUCUCACUCAAAUAGUUUUGGAAGAGACAUUUAUCUGACCACACUCACUCACGCUUUGUACCUACUUCGCAAUCAUUCACAGCAAAAGUACAACUAA